AUGAGAUCCUGGCUGCGCUCACUUGUCACGAUAGCUGCUUUGGCAGCCCCUAUCGUGGCAGAGACCUUCACCAACCCGGUCAUAUGGGAAGAUCUCGCCGACAAUGAGGUUCACCGUGUCGGAGACACCUACUACUUGACGGCAUCCACCAUGCACUACUCCCCCGGUGCGCCCAUCCUACGCUCCAAAGACUUGGUCAACUGGGAGUACGUCAGCCACUCGGUUCCGGUUCUCGAUUGGAACUCGCAAUACGACUUGGCGGAUGGCAAAAACGCCUAUGUCAAGGGUAUCUGGGCAUCUUCUCUUCGACACCGGGCAAGCAACGGUCUCUGGUACUUUGUAGCCUGCGUAGAGUUCUCAAAGACGUAUGUCUACACAUCACCUGACCCUGCUGGGCCCUGGACCAAAGCUGGCACCAUCGACACGUGCUACUACGAUGUUGGCUUGUUGUUUGACGACGACGAUACUCCGUACGUGGCCUAUGGAAACACCGCGAUCUCUGUUGCGCAACUCUCUACCGACGGACUUACGGAAACUCGACGAGAGACGGUAUUCCAGACGCCCAGCGAUAUUGGUGCUCUGGAGGGUGCGCGGAUGUACAAGCGAGACGGAAACUACUACAUCUUCCUGACGAGGCCGCCUGAUGGACAAUUCGUGCUCAAGUCAUCCAGCCCGUGGGGUCCAUACGAAGUCAAGGUUCUCGCAGACAGAAUCGCACUUAGUUCGGUUCCGAAUGCCGGGUCGCCGCACCAGGGCAGUCUCGUGGACACCCAGAACGGAGAUUGGUACUACAUGGGCUUCACGGACAUAUAUCCCGGCGGCCGCUCUCCCGUGCUGGCUCCCAUCACUUGGGGAGAUGAUGGUUUCCCGUCGCUCGUGACCGUCAACGGUGCUUGGGGAGACUACGAGUACCCGCUUCCCCGGGCGGAUGUGCCGAGCGCUCUACGCACCGAUGAGUUUGCCGGCACAUCCCUCCGCCCCGAGUGGGAAUGGAAUCACAACCCUGAUCUCAGUGGUUUCGAGGUGAACAACGGAAUCACGCUCCGCACUGUCACUGUGACAUCGGACCUGUACUCGGCUCGCAACACCCUGACCCACAGGAUUCGAGGACCGAUUGGAACCGGCACCGUCCACCUCAACGUUGCGAACAUGGCCGACGGGGACCGCGUUGGACUCGCAGCGUUGCGCGAUAAGUCCUCUUGGAUCGGCAUCGAACGUGAAGGGGAUGUGUAUUCCAUCGUCACCGUUGGAGGUCUGACCAUGAACACCGACUGGACCACGAACUCGACAGGGGCAGUUGUUGAGCGCAGGCCAAUGGGAGACGCGAGAGACGUCUACCUCAGAAUGGUGGCUGAUAUACGUCCUGGCGGGCCUGGUAACGCUGUCUUCAGCUACAGCGUCGACGGCCAGACUUUCGAGACUGUGGGCGCGUCAUUCACGCUGUACAACAACUGGGAGUUCUUCAUGGGCUAUCGAUAUGGCAUCUUCAACUAUGCGACAAAAACAUUGGGCGGCUCGGUGAGAGUUUCGUCGUUUACCAAUGCUUAG